AUAAAUCGCUCUAUCCAGGAUUCAAGAGUUUUGUCUGCACUACAUUCUAUACUCGCGUCCAUUGAUACUGUGUUUUGCGGCCUUGACCCUGGUUUACAUUUCAUGAGGGUAAUGAAGUCAAGAGUCGCCACGGCUACGCGUCACGGAGCUUUGAUCAACAACAAAACGUGAGACGUAUCAGUCCUGUCAACGUUUUACUGGGCACAGGGACAAACCUAGCUGUACGUGUGGGCCUCCUCAGAAAUUAGAGAGACAGGCUAGAAGAAAGCAUGUUGUCAGUGGCAGGCCGGAGACUGAGGGCAUGGCUGUCCCCUCACCAUCCAAUGAGUGCUGCACUGUGUAGGAUAAAGACUCUGGCCACAGACCGGAUUUUACCAGACAUAAACGUCGUCAGUAAGGACACUGUUACCUGCACUCAUGUGUUCCGGCCGUGGGACUUUGAAAAUUACAAAUUAGAAAAAGUUCCUGUGGGGAAUAUUGCCAGGCAGAUGCCCAUGAUCUCGUACCUAGUAGGACAACGGUACUACCUCCAGCCCCCUGAAGAAAGCAAGAAAGAGCCUGAUUUGAAACUGAUCUUCAUACGAGGUCAAAGAUAUGAGUUCCUGCCCGCGUAUUAUCGCCACCUGGCACCUGGCAAGAGAACUACAGUUACUGAGAAGUUGUGCUCCCUUGGCAACACUUCUUGGGUGACCAUGGAAGAGAUCAGAGAUUACUCCACCAAUGAUGUGAUGGCUAGGUGUAUCAUUCAAGGAGUCAAUGUUGAUGAUACCACACGCAGACCAGAGCCGCUUCCUGAUUGGUUUAAGGAGAGGUAUUCUUAUCUUACAUCAUCGGUGCCACGCCCACCAACGGUUCAACCCUUUGAUGUGCCAAAAAGCACCAAGUUCUUCCGAUAUUCUGAAGUUGUGCCUCCUAGGGACACUGACACCUAUAACCAUACCACCUUAUCAUCCUAUAUCUGGUACGGCAUGGACUGUGCAACUCUGGGAGCCAGAAGCAAGGCAUAUUCUGUCAUCAGAGGAGACAUUGACAAGUAUGACCUGAAGAUGUUGGAGGUGUUAUACCAGAAAGAAUCAACAGAGGGCGACGUACUUGAUGUUGAAUCAUGGGAAGACCAGGGCAGUCCUGACACACUGAGGUUCCAGGUUAAGAAGGGCGAUGAGAACAUCACACAGUUAACGAUGCAGUUUUACCUGCCAACUGUUUCAGACGCAAUCUGUUUUAUUUUGCUCUAGCUUUUCUCAGAGUUGCCAAGAAGCUACUGGCCGGAGCUUUAUGUUAAAAAACACCAGUGUUGAAAAGAAAUGUUGAGACAUGGGAUUCCAGGUAUCGAAAAUAAAUGGAUGCGUUGUUAUGUUAUGUUAUGUUAUGUUAU